AUGCCUAAAAACAUUGCCAAGCCCUCAAAAAUGUCACAAACCAACAUAUGGACAAAAUAUCAAACUAAGAAUGAUGCUAUUAUUUUAAAUCUCUGGCUACACAUUGCUGCUGGUUUGCCUCUUGGUUUAUGUCACCCAAUAUUUCAUAGUUUUCAGAAAGAAGUCUUUGGAAAAUUGCCAGAGGCACGUCCAUUUCAAGAAGAAAAACAAAGGAAAUUUUAUGCUAAAAAUAUGUUAGAAAAAUACUUGGAAAGUACUUUUAUUGAAUACAAAUUUGACAAUAAUAGAUCAACUGAUGGUAGCAUCAUGUUCAUAAAUGGUAGCUUUGAAACUUUGCUUCUUAGCAUGGAAGUAAAGCCUGAAAUAGGUAUUGGAAAUGGAUGUCCAUACAUCCAAGGAACAAAUAAACUUGCCAAUUUAAAAGAAUGGUAUGAAGAUUUUCAGCAUAAGACACCUAAGAUUAAUGCAAUAAGAUCACCACAGCUUCAUUUUCCAUAUAUCAACUUCAUAACCAAAAAUAGG